AUGGCCAUUAAAACAAUCAUAAUAUUGAUUGGAGGCCUCUUUGGUGGUCUGCUGUCGGCUUUACCUUCCCCUUCAAUGCCGCGAUUUCCGGUAAUCGACUUGGGAUAUUCUCAGUACCGGGGAAUGUCACUGUCCAAUGGUAUUGAUCAGUAUCUUGGGAUAAGAUACGCAAAGGCACCCUUGGGCCCAGAGGAUCCGGAAAAUAUUGUAGGGGUUUUGGAUGCAGUAUCGUUUGGCCCCCUUUGCGUGGGGGUUGGAGAGUCAACCAGCGACUGCUUAGCAGAGGACUGUUUAUUUAUCAACGUAUGGCGGCCAACGAACGCGAGUGCGGAUUCGAACUUCCCUGUCUGGCUGUUCAUCCAAGGAGGUGGAUACGCCAACAAUGCGAAUGGCAAUUAUAACGGCAGCGAAGUGGUUCAGCAGUCAGGCAACAACAUUGUCUUUGUCAACUUUAAUUACCGCGUCGGUGUGCUUGGUUUCCUUGCUAGUGAGCAUGUGCGAAAAAAUGGUGAUCUUAAUGCUGGACUACUUGAUCAGCGCAAGGCUCUCCAUUGGGUUCAGAAGCACAUUCGCAAAUUUGGAGGUAACCCAGAUCAUGUAGUCAUUCAUGGUGACUCUGCCGGUGCAGGAUCAGUUGCCUAUCAUCUUACCGCGUAUGGUAAGCGCAACACGGCUCUUUUCGUUGGGGCAGUAGCAGAGUCGCCAUUCUGGCCUACUCAAAGGACAGUUGCACAGAUGGAGUUUCAGUACGACCGAUUCGUGAAAAAUGUUAGCUGUGACAAUACAACGGACUCCUUGGAAUGCUUGCGUUCUGUGGAUAUUAAAACGAUCCAAAAGUUCAACCUCGACAACCCAUUCCCAGGGGGCAGUCCGACGCCAGUUCCUCGGUGGUAUUUUCUCCCUGUUGUUGAUGGAAACGUGAUCCAUGAUCAGCUUUAUAACUUAUUCAAUGAAGGAAAAUUUGUUCACGUGCCUUUAUUAGUCGGGGAUGAGACAAAUGAGGGCACCGAUUUCGCGUACAAUGCAAGCAACAAACCUGAAGUAGCCCAGUUUAGGAAGAACAAUUAUCCAGGACUCUCUCGUGGCCAACUGAAUGCCAUCAACAAAGCAUAUGAGCAUGCGGAGCCACUUCCUAGACACGCGGCUUGUUUCGCAUUGGCUGCUGGCGCUUAUGGAGAUUCAACCUUCACUUGCCCAGGAAACUUCAUGGCCGCGGCGAUGGCUAAAUCAUUCUCGCCCCACCGCGUCUGGAAUUAUCGGUACAAUGUCCGCGACGCCACAAAAAUUGCAAAUGGGAUGGGUGUUCCUCACGUGUUUGAUUUGCCUGCAAUUUUCGGGGUAGGGGAAACUAAUGAACCAACUUAUUCAUAUGCAAGCUUUAACGCAAAAAUCGUCACCAUAACCAUGGAUUACUACUUGAGCUUUAUCAAAGCCUUAAACCCCAACAUUUACCGUUACAAAGACUCCCCUGAAUGGCAAGCUUGGGGUAUUGGGGCCGGACAGCGACUCAAACUCCAGACAAAUUCAACGGAGAUGGAACUUAUUCCACGCUUGGAGGUAGAACGUUGCUCGAUGUGGAAGGAUUUUGCGGCAGCUAUGCAGCAAUGA